AUGGCGACAAUCACAACAUCCCUGUCCGAAGCCGAGCCUGUACUUUCCAUAGCAACCCGUACGCCAGACACGUCACGGAGCACUCGUGCAGAGACAGAACACAGAAGCGAAUACCUCACUGCCAACGCAUCUGUUACGGGAAGAGAACCGAACACGAAUCCACCGCAUUGGCCGACUGACCAUCGUCGGGUGCCUCCUCAUCGGCCCCCGCAGAUACAUCCGCAGUGGGUGGAUAUUGGCGGGCCCUUGCCCAUGAGACUCUUUCUCUGGAAUAUGUUCAGUGGAUGCCGGCUCCUUCAGUGUGCAUAUGCUGUCCCCAGAUUGUUAGGAUAUCACAAAUACGGACCAGACGCGAAGUUCAUAUACAAGGUAGCUGGAGAGUGGUAA